CACUAGGUUAUACAUGACAUAAUCACUAUCAAGUUCAGUUAGCAAAACCAACCUCCGUGUAUUUCGUAGAUCGGAAAGUUUUUUUCAACAGGUUAAGAAUUUCUUAUUUUCUGAGAGGUCCGGGUGUUCGAUUGUAUAUUUUGAAUAUCAUCUUCAGGUGUCUUUCCUUCGUCGGCUUUCGUUCGUAUUCAUGAAAUUAUCGCGUUUAAGUAAAUUCUAGUUAACAUAUUGAGGAAAUUUUUACCAACAUGUGGAACCUAUUUUCGAAGAAGAAUUUCACCGUCUACGUGAAAACGGGUGACCGUCUGGGCAUGGGCACCGACGAUACAAUCUCGGUCGUCCUUCAAGAUGAGAACGGACUUCGGUCCGGCAAGUGCCAGCUCGACAAUCUCCUGAGCAACGACUUCGAGUCCGGCCGGCUAGAUAGCUUCCAGAUUGCGAUUGAGGAUGGAGAUUUUGGGGACCCUGUUUAUCUGGAGCUCCAUCGGGACAAGUUUGGUUUCCACGAUGACGAGUGGUACUGUGAAUUCGUCAGGGUGCUGAGCGAGAAGACGAAUCAGGUCCACAUGUUCCCGAUUCAUAGAUGGGUUCGUGCUGGAUGCCCGAUUAGGGUGAAGGAGGACGACGCGGUGCUCCCUCAGGACGACGAAAACGUGAUCCAACGACAGGAAGAGCUCCAGAGGAAGCGAGACAUGUAUGUUCCCGCUUUCAAAGAGGCAACGGGAAUGAUCAUGAUGGCCAGUCUUCCUAAGGACGAAAUGUUCUCCUUCAGUGACCAGUUUGAUCUCAAGGCAUUGAAGAUGAGACUUAAGCUUGAGCAUAAACUGAUAGGAUUCACAACAGAGAGAUGGGAGUCCUUAGAAGAUCUGGGGAAUGUUUACAAACCCCCGCACUUCCCGAUACCAAGUGUAAUGGAAAACUGGAAGUCUGAUAAGGAGUUUGGUAACCAGAGACUAACAGGAUGCAACCCAGCUAUGAUCCGACUUUGCACCAAGAUACCACCCAAUUUCGCCGUGGACGAGAAGGAUGUCGAACCUCUUCUCGAAGGCCUUACUGUGUCGGAAGCCAUCAAGAAGAAGCGUCUUUUCAUCAUCGACCUCAAGGUCCUAAAAGACUUGCCUUGUACAGAUGGGCGAAAGAUCACUGCACCCAUUGCGCUUUUCUUCGUCAACAAAGACAAAUAUUUGAUGCCGGUCGCUAUUCAGUUGUAUCAAGACCAAGAUCCAAACAAUCCGGUGUUCUACCCGACUGAUCCUGAGUACACGUGGCUCUUGGCCAAGUGUUACUUCAACUUGGGCGAGGCUGCCGUACACGAGUCGGGCACCCAUCUUGGAUUCACGCAUCUCAUUGGUGAAAUCAUCGUCAUAGCAGCGCAUCGUUCUCUGUCUCCAUCUCAUCCCAUCUUCCGUCUUCUUGCUCCUCACUUCUUGCGCCUCCUCCCCAUCAACUACAGAGGUAUGACUCCUUUGCUUGGACAGGGUGGCUUCAUCGACUUAAAUAUGACAAUUGGCGCCAUUGGUAUGGCAGAUAUCAUCAAACGCCUCUUCUCCACAUGGCGAUUGGACAUAGAGGGCUCCCUUCCGACUGACCUUCUUGUAAGGGGCGUCUCUGACCCUGAAGUGCUACCGAACUACCAUUACCGUGAUGACGCCUUGCUCCUUCGCGAAGCAAUAUCCGACUACGUCAAGGAAGUUGUGGACCACCAUUACGAUCUUCCCGGGAAGAUAGCUGCCGACCAUGAAUUGCAGGAAUGGAUCCGGUUCAUGGGGACCAAGCCCAAAUUUGAGGGAGAGGUCAUAGGUCACAUUAAGGGACUUCCUAAUGAUGGCCAUUUUAAAACCGCAGAGGAGAUCACCACCGUUGUGACGGAUUGUAUCUUUAUCUUCAGCGCGGGGCAUGCUGCUGUUAACUUCGGCCAGUAUAAUAACUAUGGUUUUCCCCCGGCCUACCCCGGCUGGAUGAAUGGAUCACCACCCCAAGAUAAGACUCCUCUCACGGAAGCAGACAUCAUCCAGAAUCUACCCAACAAGGAUCAGACCUUGGACAUCAUGGUAUUCACGAAGAUCCUCAGCACCCGAAACAGCAAGCCUCUGGGAGACUUUGAGGUGCAGUACAUGCAUGGUGCUACCUAUCAAAAGGCCUUGAAGAAAUUCCGAGCUGAACUCAAACGCAUUGGAGACAUAAUCGACAAACGGAAUGAGACAAGAGAAGAGAAGUAUAUUUGGCUUCAUCCACGCGAAGUGCCCAACUCUAUCUCAAUCUAGCUCCUAAACGUCAAAAGAGAAAAUGCAUCGAAUGGCAAUUGACUUUGACUAAAAUAGAAUAAAGUUCAUUGUUGAUAACCAUGUUGUUAGUCGAUCUUUUAAUGGUUAUGGAUUAAUCUUUUGAAGAUACAAAAUACAGACUUCGUGAAACACAAGUUUGCGAUUUUCUGCUUGCAUAAAUGUUAGAUGAACUGCGUGUUUUGCAUAUAUAUGAUAAGAAAAUUCUAACUUUUGAACAUUUGGGUUUUCAAGUCAUAACCUUGAAUUAGAACAAACUUUGUUUUCCUUGAUUCAACAUGUAUGUACUCAUUCUUUAUAUUCUGUGUCAUGGUCAUGUUUUUAUAUCUAGUACGUUAAGAAUUUUUGUUUUGACGGGGAUUUGCAUGUAUGUACUCAUUAUUCUUUAUAUUUUGUGUUAUGGUCUUGUUUUUAUAUCUAGUAUGCCAACAAAACUAUUUCCACGGGGAUUAGCAUGUAUGUAUUCAUUCUUUUAUAUUCUGUGUCAUUGUUAUAUUUGUAUAUUUAGUAUGCUAAGAAUUUUUGUUUCCACGGGGAAUGUAAGUUAAUCGUGUACUACUUUUGGUUUCUGGAAUGGUUUUUGUUAUGCCAGUUUGCAUGCUAUAUCCUUCUAGUUGAGGUUGGAUCAAUUCAGCUAUUUUCUCUGUACGACUCGACAUGUAAAAUAUUCAUUGUAUGUUUUUGUUUAUAGGGACGUGUAGGGUUGAUAGUACCAGUAGCAUUUAUGUUAGAUGAAUGUCUGUUUGAUCAUUGAUCAUUUUAAUACACAUUAUUGCUCAGUGCCCUUUUCUGCAAUGUUUAUGUUUUAAUUGGUGUAUUUUCAUUCACAAAAUAUGUUGUGAUAUGUUGAUCAUGCAUAUUCCCUUGUGUUUACGUGCAUUUUGUAUCUCCUUGCUUUUAUGUGUUCACCUUUCUGCAGUAAUCAUGAUACAUGUAAUUUAACUACAGGACUGUUAUGCACUACUCGUGUAAAACUCUGUAAAACAACAUUGUCAUGCUAACAACGCUGAGUAGGGCCAUCCCUCCGUCUUCCUUUUAUAAGAGUGUCUUUAUGAUUGUAAAUGUAUAUUUGUUGAUGUUUUUUGUUAAUCGACGGAAAAUAAAUACAAUACAAUAGUUUAACUACAGGACAGUAUAUAAAUAUAAAGGGGCCCAGGAGUUCCCUGUGCCAGAAUUUAAACUCUUGAAAGAAAUCAAAACCAAGCUGUCCGUUUAACAGAGAACUAUAGAAAAGAAGAGAUUAGAAGCAUAAAGUUGAACAAAGUUUAUUAACUGAAAUACAAUAACAGCUGAUGCCAACGGCAUUCAAAUGCAAGUAUAGGGUAAAUAUGGUUGACGCAAAGAUAAUGAAUCAUUGGCGAAAUUACAACAACAUAUACCAAUAUCUGAGCUUAUAGUAUAACAUUGUCAUAACAGGUUGAGUACUCAAUUAAAUGCUGCGAAUUAUAGCAGAGUAAACAUUAA